CGUUCAGUAAAAAGCCCUUUAUCCCGAGCAGAUAAUCAAAUGUUAUUUUUGCAUUUUAAUCUUGCUACAUUGUGCGUCAUUUUCACAGAAUCUCAAAUUUACGAGGUCGUUUCAAAUACAUUGGGGCGCUCAUCACUUCAUUUAUUACUAUCACUACACCACGUAUUCAAUGUGCUACUACCGUAAAUGACACAUUUUGGUCAUCAUUUUAUCUUGUUUGACUGUGACAGGUUGCCCACAAAUAGUACAAAGCUGACAUCUACUGGUGAAUUUGAGAUCUGAUGCUCUUGGUUGAAACUGCGUUCGUGUCUGUUUUGCAUGAGACGAGAAUGGCUUCCCUAACAGAACAGCUCCAAGAAGUGCGAGGUCGGACUGAAGUGUGCCUUUACUCUAAUGGGAAGGCCACUGAAGUGCGAACUGGUGUGAUGACCAUGGCAAAACUUCCUUUACCCCCGUGUGCCAAGUACAGACACAUCAUCGCUGAAAACAUGGUCGUGGAAAACAGUUCAAGCACCAACAGAAAAGAGACUCUAGCAGCGCUGCAACGAUUGUCGACAGCAUUAAAUAUUCUGGAAAAGUAUGGCUGCAACUUGACGAAUCCUAACAGGCCAAAGUACUGGAGGACUGUGAAACACAAUAAUCCAGUGUUCCGUGCUACAGUUGAUGCUAUACAGGGAGGAAGAGCGGUCCUUGGUCUCUAUGGUUACACCAACCAGCAGCCUGAUGGUCUCAGCUUCCCGGAGGAUGUCCUGGAUCCUGACGUGGGGAAAGUCGCUGCAGUAACUUUGGAAGUGAUGAGCCUCAGAAUGGAGUUGGAAAUGCUCAUUAGGGAUGCUCAUCCUCACCCUGAGUUUUAUGAGAGAAUCAUUCCUACACUGAGACACAAGGAUGUUGGCCUGAACACGGACACAGAGGGGUGCCAUUCGUCAGCUUUCACCUUAUGCCACCCACAACGCCAAACAAAGUCUCUGGUCUCUCCGCUCCGUCAUCCAUCCACUAAGAAGAACAGCCAUUCUUUGUCAUCCAACCAUCAAAACCAGAAUACCAUCCUGGUGCUUUUUAGCUCCUCUGAUAAAUAUCAAGAGAAUUGCAUGAUCUGUGGAAUCUCCAGAACAUCUGUUCACUGCCUCACCUGCCUCCAAAGUCUCUGUUCAGAAUGUGACAAAGUGUACCACACAUAUCCAGAACUGGCCAACCACUCCAGAAGUGCUAUCGUCUGGUCAUCAUCAUCAUCAUCCUCCUCCUCUAAAACCAGUAGCAAACAAAGUUCGUCCACCUGGAACUGCGUUCAUUGCUCAGCAGUCAAUUCCAUCAAAAACCUGGUGUGUGAUGCAUGUGAGUGCUCCAGGACCUUAUUGAAGAAUUCUGCUGUGGAUGGAUCUCAGUCUGCAACAACCACAGAUUGGCAGUGUAAGAGCUGCACGGUGGUGAACAUGGCCAGCAGUGUUUUAUGUGAGGUGUGUGAAAGACCUCGUCUGGCUGCACGACCUAGUCUGACCCCAUCCCAUUCUCCCAUUACACCGAGACCACCAGCCCCAGUUCUGGGCAUGCCGGGUGACCCUGACAGUCAGUGGGUUUGUCAGUUCUGCACCUACUUAAACUACUCACCUGCCAUGGUGUGUGAGAUCUGUGACCUGGCUCGUCCAGAGCCGGCAUCUCUGCCCGCCAAGCUACGCCCGCCCUCCCCUGUCAGACGCGUCCCGCCGCUGCCAAUCCGGGCCAAUGAAACAGCACUUGAAGAUGUGAACUCUUUGAGGCAGCGGCGCAUGAAGGAAGAGGGCCUUAAGCUGAUUCUACAGAUCAAGGAAAGUGAAAAGAAAGGAGUGAGUCCGGAGGAAGUGUUCACCAGCAUGAAGGUGGCUGGCCACAAAAUUCAACCCUCCAAAUGGCUCAGGACUGAGCUACCUUUGCUUUUGGACCAGAUCAGACUUCUGGCCGCCACAUCAUCACAACAGUACACGUCAGUCAAAGUGGGGGAAACACACACAACCUCUCCUGCAAAGACACCUGACAAACGCGAGAAUACCUGUCGAAAAGCACAUUUUAUACAACUUUCUAGGGAAGAAGCCAUGGAGGCCUGGUUAACAGCUGGUGGUGCUAUUGAAAAAGCUGCCAGACAAGCUUUGAGAGACAGGCUUGCCAAGGUUGAAAUGCUGCUUUCUCUGGGCCAUCAAGACCCAGCCGCAUGUCACGACGUUUUACGACAAAGUGGAGGAGAGAUGCACGGUGCAUUGGUGCUGUUGCAACGGCCUUUAUUGGAGGUUUUCCAUCGUAACAUUUGGAGUGAAAAACCUCAGACUGCAGUUGAUAUUCAUCACCCUGACAAGCAGCGCACAUGUCGAAGAUUACUAGCUGAAUAUGGUCUUCCCAGCUGGGGCCGCUGUGAGCUGGCACUGUCCUUGCUUCUUGAGCACUGUGCCCCCUACUCUCUGGAGGAUGUUGUGCAGGCAGUGAAGGAAUCUCAUGACAGGGAGUUCAUCAAAAGAGUUCUGGCAAAAGAAUGUCCCAUCUGCUUGUCUGUCUUUCCCCAUAGUAAGAUGCAAUCUCUGACUUCCUGUCAGUGUUCAAUGUGCUGUGGUUGUUUCCAGCAACACUUUACCAUAGCAGUUAGGAAUAAACACAUCAGGGAUAUGGUGUGUCCAGUGUGCUGGGAGCCUGACAUCAAUGACCCUGAACACCUCAAUAGCUAUUUUUCCACCUUGGACAUUCAGCUCAGAGAUUGUCUGGAGCCUGAAGUGUAUGAACUGUUCCACAAAAAGCUGACAGAACAGGCGCUUAUUAAAGACCCAAAGUUUCUCUGGUGUUGCCAUUGUUCUUAUGGAUUUAUAUAUGACGGCAACCAGUUGAAGGUCACAUGUUUUCAGUGCCACAACAGCUUCUGUGCUCAGUGUAAAAAGCCAUGGGAGUCCCAGCAUUCUGGGCUGACCUGUGAACAGUAUCAGUUAUGGAAGCGAGAGAAUGAUCCAGAGUAUCAGAAGCAAGGCUUGGCUGGAUAUCUUCGAGACAACGGCAUCACCUGUCCCAAUUGUCGUUUUCAGUAUGCGCUGUCCAAAGGAGGCUGUAUGCACUUCUGCUGCUCUCAGUGUCGCUACCAGUUCUGCAGUGGUUGUAACAACCCUUUCCACACUACAUGUGCUGUAGACGAGUGCAGCGUGUCUGGACUCCACGCUCAUCAUCCCAGAGACUGUCUCUUCUACCUGAGGGACUGGGAACCUUCCAGACUUCAGGCUUUGCUUCAGAGCAAUAAUGUCCGGUUCAAUACUGAGCCGCCUCCAGGAACUCAGACAGGCCUGUGUGGAGUGAUAGAGCAGAAGGACGAAGGAGGACAGCAGCCUGAAACAGCCUGUGGAGCUCAGACCCAGCCUGGCCAUGCGGGCCUCUGCGAGAAGCACUACCGCGAGUACCUUGUGAGCCUGAUCAACUGCCAUUCCAUCGACCCAGCUCCACAAUACAGCCCAAAUGAGUUACAGCUGGCCUGUAAGCGCUACAAGGUGGACGAGAGCUGCUGGGAAGGAGAAGAUGGGCUAACAUACUGCAAUCGAGUGCUCAAGAAACUGAUGGAUGAGGUCCCUCUUGGUGACAAGGUCCCUCGCAGGAAGUGAUGCGACUCGGGUUUCCUGCAUCUUGGAUCCCAGUCAUCCUUGUGCUUUCGUCUGUUCUUUGACACACAUUCUUGCAUGAGUGUUUGUGUGGGUGAAGGUUAGUGUGUGUGUAUCUUUAGACAAUGCCAGUUGUGACUUUAAGGAUGUUAUAUAACAGCUCAAAAUAUAUAUCAGCGAUGAAAAGAGAUGGACAUGAAAACUUUUGAUGUUGUUAUUCGUGCUGAUGAGUCUAGAUAACAUUAAUAUUCAUGUUAGCUUCUAUUAAUGCCUUAAGUUUGUUCUUGAUCUCUGUCUUUAUAGCUGUUAUCAAUGAAAGUUAACAAAAAAACCCACUCAUAUCGUGCAAGAUUCAGCUCAACUAAUGCAGAGUAAUACUGUCAUCUCUUGGUGAAAUCGUUGUACUACAACAGAACGCUCUGUCGCUAUUGCUGUGCAUUGACAAUUUCCAGCGUUACAUUAAACAGAAAACUGAAACCCAGCCGGGAGUGCU